AUGAACGAUAACGACCCCCCGUCGUCGUUGCCGCCGCCACCACCGACCAUCGACACUGACAACAGUACCAGAACCGCAAACAUCGAUCCGCCGUCACCAGCCGACAGUGGCGGACGAGAAGGAGGGGAUGAAAGAGGAGGUGGGGGAUACGUGCCUCCAGUACCGUCGGUGGCAGCAGUGGAUGUCCAAGAUGAGGACUUAAAGGUCGCAUCCGACGAGAAAGCUCAUCGGCCUCGGGGUUCGGCCGACAUUCCACGCGAAAGCCUAAAGAUCUUACCAGACGGCGCGCCUAUUGACUUGCCACCUGCACCGCUGCUCGAAGUUGACGACGCCGGACCGCAGGAGGCACCACCACCGGCGCCACCCGCAGCGCUGCCCACGCCUGCGCCGACGCCUCCCCCACCUGCUCCAGCGCCUGCGCAACGUAAGGUCCACAUACAGUCCGGCCCAACGUAUCCGCAGUUGAGCAAUAAUCCGCCGUCGAGUCCCGGGACGAGACAACCGCUGUCGGACGACAAGGAUGAGGAGCCAAGCGUGCCGAAGUCGUUUGACCGUACGGCGCAGAGUGGUGGCGGUGGUGGGGCGAGGCAGAGGUAUUAUGACGAUGAUGAGACGAUUGAGUAUGCGGUCCGCCGAAUGCAUCGCUUCACACUCUACGAGACUACUACGAGGUAUUACAUCGUCGGCUCAGACCUGCUGGAUCAGCAGUUUCGGAUCAUAAAGAUCGAUAGGACUGCGGAGGAAGGAGAUUUGAGCAUCAUCGAGGACGAGGUGAUAUACACUCGAGCGGAGAUGAUGCGGCUACUGGCUACGAUCGAAGACGGUAACAUCGCUACUGGAGGCUUAAAACAGAGGUGUCCGUUCUGGGGACUGCUCGGAUUCAUCCGUUUCACCGGUGUGUUCUAUAUGCUCCUGAUCACGAAGCGCAGCGUGGUGGCCAUGAUCGGAGGACACUACGUCUACCAAAUCGACGACACGGAGAUGGUGCCGUUGACGACCAGUGCCGCGUCCAAGAAACCGGACAGGAAUUCGGAGGAAGCCAGAUUCGUCAGUAUCCUCGGAAACUUGGAUCUCACGCGCGGCUUCUACUUCAGCUAUUCGUAUGAUAUCACUCGGACGCUGCAGCACAAUAUUAUACGGCAACGGGAGGCGUUGGCGAAGGGCCUGGCGCAUUCGGAUAAGCAUGAUUACAACGACAUGUUCGCGUGGAACCACUAUCUCCUGGAACCAGCGAAGGCGGGUAUAAAGAACACGUACGACUGGUGCAUGCCGAUAGUGCACGGCUACGUCGACCAGGCGAACAUCGCCGUCUACGGCCGCUCCAUCUACAUCACCAUCAUCGCGCGGCGCUCGCGGUACUUUGCCGGAGCGCGGUUCCUGAAGCGUGGCGCGAACGACUUGGGAUACGUCGCCAACGACGUCGAGACGGAGCAGAUUGUCAGCGAGAUGCUGACGACGAGCUUUCACGCCCCGGGCAGGACGUUGUAUUCCAACCCAAACUACACGAGUUAUGUACAGCACCGCGGCAGCAUCCCACUCUUCUGGACGCAGAAGAACGAUGCCGCGACGCCGAAACCACCCGUGGAGAUGAAUCUCGUCGAUCCGUUCUUCAGUGCUGCGGCAUUGCACUUCGAUGAUCUAUUCGGAAGAUACGGUGCACCGAUAAUCGUGCUGAAUCUAGUCAAGAGUAGGGAGAGAAUGCCCCGGGAGUCAUUGCUGCUUAAGGAGUUCACCCAGGCCAUCAACUACCUGAACCAGUUCCUGCCGGACGAUAAGCACAUCCACUACAUUGCCUGGGACAUGUCUCGAGCGGCGAAGAGCCGGGAUCAAGAUGUGAUCGAGACACUCGAGAUCAUUGCUGAGAACGUGGUCAGCACCACUGGCUUCUUCCACAACGGCGCCAUCAAUGGAACCCACCAACCGAAACUCCAGAACGGUGUAUGCAGGACCAACUGCAUCGAUUGCCUCGAUCGCACCAAUGCCGCGCAGUUUGUGAUUGGCAAGAGAGCAUUGGGACAUCAACUGCAUGCUCUAGGCGUGAUCAAUGGUACGAGUAUCGACUACGACACGGACGCCGUGGAUCUAUUCACGCACAUGUACCACGAUCACGGUGACACCAUCGCGGUUCAGUACGCUGGUAGCCAUCUAGUCAACACCAUGGAAACUUACAGGAAGAUCAAUCAGUGGAGCAGCCAUUCACGAGACAUGCUCGAGAGCUUCAAGCGCUACUACAACAACUCCUUCCUCGACGGCCAGCGACAAGAAGCAUACAACCUCUUUCUCGGCAACUACAUCUUCGCGCAAGGCCAGCCGAUGCUAUGGGACCUCAGCACGGACUACUACCUCCACCACGCCGACCCACGUCUCGGCCGCAAACGGCGCAGCUACACAAAAUGGUGGACGCCAUCGCACCUCUCACCACGUACGCUCCCCAAUGUUCCCACGCUCCCGGCUCCGCUCGCCGACAAACCGUACCACUAUUUCGACGACUACUGGCUCGAAUACUACCGUCCAAAGGCCGUCUCCUCGUUCCUCAAAGUGUUCACCUACAACCUCAACAGCACGCUCCGCUACAUCCCACUGAAGCAAACCAAAGACGGCAAAUACGACCUGUCUCCAUUCGUCGUACGCAGCGCCAGCGCCGCGGCGGAACCACCAGCGCAAUCCUCGAAGAAAAAAACCAAGCAGCGGCGCGGCAUCAUCGAAUUCCCCGGCUUCCGAGAAAAGGCCGAAGUCGAAGCGUCCGACCUAGCAAACAAGACCUCGGCCGUCCGGCACUGGCCCAUUCCGCCGAGCCUACCCGUCCCUCCCCCCACCAGCACCUCCACCACCACACCAGCACCAUCCGACCUCCCCCUCGAAACAAGGAACAUGCACCAAGCCGUCGAGCGCUCGCUCGACCCAUCGAUCAGCGACAAGGAGCGCGCCGAGUACAGACGGUACAUGGACCACCCGCUGCACCUGCCGCUGGUGACGUCGAGCGCGCCCAGCGCUAGAGACGUGCAGUCCGGCGUUGUCGCUGAGUAUAAGGGCUACGUCGAGAUACGGGUCCCUGACGUUUCCGACGAGGACGCCGUCGUGUAUCGUGAGGCCGUUGAGAUUCCAGAGAACCCGCUUGAUGUCGGCACCGAGGAUGGCGGGAAGAAGAGGUAUCUUGCGUAUGCCCAGUGGGUGGUUACUGGACGGUUGAAGAGGCAGGGGGGCGGUGGGGGUGGGAGGAGGGGGGAGGAAAGGUGA